CGCGCGGAGCCGCCCGUACUGCGCAGGGCCGCGAGUCAUGUGAAAAGUACCUACUGUUCAUAAGGGACUGUGGUAAGGAGGGGAAGAGAACACUGAAUUAGUGAUCCUUUCUUCAGCAUCUUAAAAGGUGUCAUACCCCCUGGUUUUAGAUCUUGGCACAGAAGAGAUUUAAAGAUUAAAUAUUGGUAAAUGAUCUUGGCACAGAAGAGAUUUAAAGAAUGAUGGCGUCAUUCCAGCGCUCUAAUAGUCAUGAUAAAGUAAGGAGAAUAGUUGCAGAAGAGGGUCGGACAGCAAGAAAUUUGAUAGCUUGGAGUGUUCCGCUGGAAAGCAAAGAUGAUGAUGGAAAACCUAAAUGUCAAACUGGUGGAAAAUCUAAGAGGACAGUUCAUGGCACUCAUAAAAUUGCUAAACAGAAUACUGCAGUAGACUGUAAAAUAACAUCUGUAACUGGAGAUAAAAACUUUGAUAAAAGUCCCACUAAAUCAAGACACCCUCGGAAAAUUGAUCUAAGAGCUCGAUACUGGGCAUUUCUUUUUGACAACCUUCGCCGGGCAGUGGAUGAAAUCUAUGAGACUUGUGAAUCAGAUCAGAGUGUGGUGGAAUGCAAGGAGGUGUUAAUGAUGCUGGAUAACUAUGUGAGAGAUUUCAAAGCACUGAUUGACUGGAUUCAACUUCAGGAGAAGUUAGAGAAGACAGAUGCUCAAAGCAGACCAACAUCACUUGCAUGGGAAGUAAAGAAGAUGUCUCCAGGGCGUCAUGUGAUUCCAAGUCCAUCAACAGAUAGAAUAAAUGUAACUUCAAAUGCACGAAGAAGCUUAAAUUUUGGGAGUUCACCUGGCACAGUGGUCACUCCAUGUAUGGCUUCUGCAGGUGUCAGCUGGGCUGACAAAGUAAAGGCUCAUCACACAGGCUCUUCCUCUUCUGACACAGUUCCUGCUCAGCUGUGCCCACCCAUGGCCAUGCAGAAGGCAUCCCGCAGAAAUGAACGGAAGGAUGCUGAAGGAUGGAAGACUGUACAGAGAGGAAGGCCUGUCCAUUCUCGAUCAACAGCAGUGGUGCCAAAAGUGUCCUUAGUGACAGAUGCUUCAAGGUUGAAGGAUGAUGCUAAUAAAGAAAAUUUAUGUCUUUUACCUGAGGAAAGUAUACAAAAAGGUGACUUUUUUGGAGAUAGUUCUUCUAACCCUGUAGAACCUCGGUCCAAAGAUUCAUCUCACUCUUCAGACUAUUCUCUUGCUGAGAGAACCCAGUUCACAGUGAAUACAGUGGAUGAUGCCAAGAGUUCUGGCAGUAGUCAAGACUGUUCUUUGCAAACUUAUGAAAUACCUGCUGUUCAUAUUGAUGAAGAGUGUGUCUCAGUCACUCAGCAAGCUGACACAGCUCCUUUACAAACAAAUGAAGAAAACCUUCCGCCAGAGAAAGAAAGGAUAGAAAGUGAAAUGGAUCCUUCAGAUAUUUCAAAUGUGAGUGCUGCUCACUUGUCCAUGGCAGAAGUCCUUGCUAAAAAAGAAGAACUAGCAGAUCGUCUUGAAAAGGCCAAUGAAGAGGCCAUUGCUAGUGCUAUUGCUGAAGAAGAACAGUUAACUAGAGAAAUAGAAGCUGAAGAAAACAAUGACAUUAACAUUGAAACUGAUAAUGACAGUGAUUUUUCUGCCAGUAUGGGCAGUGGGAGUGUAUCUUUCUGUGGCAUGUCUAUGGACUGGAAUGAUGUUCUUGCAGAUUAUGAAGCUCGUGAAUCUUGGCGCCAAAAUACAUCCUGGGGGGACAUUGUAGAAGAGGAACCUGCUAGACCUCCAGGGCACGCAAUUCACAUGCAUGAAAAACUUUCCUCACCAUCUCGUAAAAGAACAAUUGCAGAAUCUAAGAAGAAACAUGAAGAAAAACAAAUGAAAGCACAACAGUUAAGGGAAAAGCUGCGUGAGGAAAAGACAUUAAAGCUGCAGAAACUUCUGGAAAGGGAGAAAGAUGUCCGGAAGUGGAAGGAAGAAUUAUUAGAUCAACGGCGUAGGAUGAUGGAAGAGAAAUUACUUCAUGCUGAAUUUAAACGAGAGGUGCAAUUACAAGCAAUUGUGAAAAAAGCACAAGAGGAAGAAGCCAAGGUAAAUGAAAUUGCCUUUAUAAAUACCCUUGAAGCACAGAAUAAACGGCAUGAUGUUUUAUCAAAAUUGAAGGAAUAUGAACAGAGACUUAAUGAGUUACAGGAAGAGCGACAGAGAAGACAGGUAGAAAAGCAAGCACGCGACGAAGCUGUGCAGGAACGCAAGAGGGCUCUAGAAGCAGAACGGCAGGCUCGUGUAGAAGAAUUGUUGAUGAAAAGGAGAGAACAGGAAGCUCGUAUUGAACAGCAGAGGCAAGAGAAGGAAAAAGCCCGUGAGGAUGCAGCUCGAGAGAGAGCAAGAGACAGGGAAGAGCGAUUGGCUGCACUCACAGCUGCUCAGCAAGAAGCUAUGGAAGAGCUACAGAAAAAAAUUCAACUCAAGCAUGACGAAAGCAUUCGAAGGCACAUGGAGCAAAUUGAACAAAGAAAAGAAAAGGCUGCUGAGUUAAGCAGUGGGCGACAUGCAAAUACUGAUUAUGCUCCCAAGCUGACCCCUUACGAAAGAAAGAAGCAGUGUUCUCUCUGCAGUGUCCUCAUCUCUUCAGAGGUGUAUCUUUUUAGCCACAUUAAGGGGAAAAAACACCAGCAAGCCGUGAGAGAGAAUAGCAGCAUCCAAGGACGUGAGCUUUCAGAUGAGGAAGUGGAGCAUCUUUCCUUGAAGAAGUAUAUUGUUGAUGUUGUGACUGAAAGUUCAGCUCCCUCAGAACCUUUGAAAGAUGGAGACGACCGGCAAAAAAAUAAAAAAAAGGCCAAAAGGAUAAAAGCCCGGAUGAACUCCAGGGCCAAGGAAUAUGAGAGUUUAUUGGAAACAAAAAUUUCUGGCUCUGACUCACCGUAUAAAGCUAAGCUUCAGCGAUUAGCCAAGGAUCUUCUGAAACAACUGCAAGUACAAGACAGCGGCUCAUUGUUAAACAGCAAGAUUUCAGCUUUGGACCGAACCCUGGGUGAGAUUGCUAGAAUAUUGGAAAAAGAGGGUGAGAUAUAUGGAUCUGGAUUCGGUCUUUAUGUUGAUAGCCAGUUUCCCCAGUAUUAUUUGUGGAAUGUGGCAGAUCAGAUUGCAUUUCAAGUUGCUGGUGGAUUAACAGCCCUUGAACACAUCCUUCAAGUAGUAGUCCCAGCCACCAAUGUGAACACAGUUUCACGAGUUUCUCCUAAGUCCCUCUGCAAUGCAAUCAGCAUUUACUACCUCACCUGCAGCAACUGUUCAGAAAACUGCACUGAUGUUCUGUUUAGUAACAAGAUUACCUUUUUAAUGGACCUCCUGACACACCAGUUGACGGUUUAUGUUCCAGAUGAAAAUAAUGCUAUUUUGGGAAGAAAUACAAAUAAACAAGUUUUUGAAGGCCUGACAACUGGACUUCUCAAAGUCAUUGCUGCGGUUUUUGGCUGCCUGAUUGCUAAUCGACCAGAUGGAAACAGCCGGCCAACCACACCAAAAAUAUCAACACAGGAAAUGAAAAACAAACCUUCACAAGGUGAUGCUUUUAACAGUCGAGUUCAGGACCUUAUCAGCUAUGUGGUGAGCAUAGGCCUAAUUGACAAAUUGUGUGGCUGCUUCCUUUCGGUGCAAGGCCCAGUGGACGAGAACCCUAAGAUGGCCACAUUUCUGCAGCAUGCUGCAGGACUGCUCCAUGGGAUGUGCACACUCUGCUUUGCCGUCACCAGAAGGUCAUAUAGUAUAUUUGACAAUAAUCGCCAGGAUCCCACGGGGCUGACAGCUGCUCUUCAGGCCACAGAUCUGGCUGGUGUCCUGCACAUGCUCUACUGUAUCCUCUUCCAUGGCACCAUCUCAGAGCCUAGCACAGCCAGUCCUAAGGAGAGCUAUGCUCAGAACACUGUCCAAGUCGCCAUACAGAGUUUGCGUUUCUUCAACAGCUUCGCAGCACUGGAUCUGCCUGCUUUUCAGUCUAUUGUAGGGGCAGAGGGCUUGUCCCUUGCAUUCCGGCACAUGGCCAGCUCCCUGCUGGGCCACUGCAGCCAUAUCUUCUGUGAGAGCCUUCUUCAUGAGGUCAUUGUCUGCGUAGGCUACUUCACUGUCAACCACCCAGAUAACCAGGUGAUUGUGCAGUCAGGCCGCCACCCCACAGUGCUGCAGAAGCUGUGCCAGCUGCCCUUCCAGUACUUCAGUGACCCACGGCUGAUCAAAGUGCUGUUCCCCUCGCUGAUCGCUGCCUGCUACAACAACCACCAGAAUAAGGUCAUCCUGGAGCAAGAGAUGAGCUGUGUCCUGUUGGCCUCAUUCAUCCAGGACUUUGCACAGACGCCGAGCCAGACGGACCCCCGGCCACAGCAGCCCAGAGGUAAGGCAGAGUACAAAGGGCAAAAGAAAGGAUGGAUAGAAGGAGACAAGGAGAUAGAACUUUUGAAAAUGGGAAGUGGUCCAGGAGACAAGGAGAAGGAGAGGAGAAGAGGAAGUAAGAUUUAAGCUGUGUCAUGUCACAUACCAACUAACUACCCACAGUGAAUGAAGAUGCCUUGGUCCCCAAGACUAUCUUGAACCUGCUAACAGAUUUCCUCAGCAGGCCUGGGAAGAAGCGCGACAGUUUUUUUUGAAAAAAGAGAAAAAUUAAAUGUUCUGACUGCUCUGAAUUUGAGUAGCCUUGUUAAUAUUCUCUCUCUUCUAUGACAUCCUCUGGCCUUGUUUAUACCCCCAAUGUUGAUAUGAUACAUACUUUGCACUAUUUAUAAUGACUGUGGGUACUUCAAUGUCCUUAAUUUUGCAAGUUAAACUUAUUUCACUUACAGUAUUUUGGAGUUUGUUAACUUCCAUCUUAUGGCAAUAUAUAAUUUGCAUUUGUAAUAUGGGCAAAAUUAGAAAUAACUGGCACCUCUGUUUUGUUCUUGUAAUAAAAUAACUUAUUCUA